GGCUGAGCAGCAUCAGCAGCCGGAGCCUGCGCAGUGAGGCCGGGCAGAGGAGGGUGCAGCUCCAGCAGAAGGAAGCGGAGUUUCCGGCUGUUUGCAGCGGAGGGAGAGGAUUGCUGACGCCGCGAAACCCCAAGAAAAACGCCGCCAGCUCGGGGUGGCUAACAGUUUGUAGUGUCGGUACUGGUCGUGUUCUUCCAUACUGGGGGUUGUGGGGGCUGGUGGUGUUUCUACGAGCCGAGGGGUCGGACAGCACAGCGAGCACAGCGGCACCAGGCGGGGCUGAGCCAGCAGCUACCGGCAUGGCUAGGGACUACGAUUACCUCUUCAAGCUGCUCAUCAUCGGGGACAGCGGAGUGGGGAAGAGCAGUCUCCUCCUGCGAUUUGCAGACAACACGUUUUCAGGUAGCUAUAUCACCACGAUCGGCGUGGACUUUAAGAUCCGGACAGUAGAGAUCAACGGGGAGAAGGUGAAGCUACAGAUCUGGGAUACAGCCGGACAGGAACGCUUCCGCACCAUCACCUCCACGUACUACAGGGGGACGCAUGGGGUCAUAGUGGUUUAUGACGUCACGAGUGCCGAGUCCUUCGUCAACGUCAAACGAUGGCUACAUGAAAUCAACCAGAACUGUGAUGACGUGUGCCGAAUAUUAGUGGGAAACAAAAACGACGACCCCAACUCCAAGGUGGUGGAGACGACUGACGCUCAGAAGUUUGCAGAGCAGAUGGGGAUCAACCUGUUUGAGACGAGUGCAAAAGAGAACAUCAACGUUGAAGAGAUGUUCAACUGCAUCACAGAGCUCGUGCUACGAGCCAAGAAGGAGGUGCUGGCCAAGCAGCAGCAGCAGCAACAGAACGACGUGGUCAAACUCACCCGGAACAGUAAACGGAAGAAAAAGUGCUGCUAGCAAACUUCAGGCCAUCCGGCGGAGGUCUUCUCUUCACACCUUCAUCCUUCAAGAUGGACUCAGAGCAUCUAAAUUAAAGAUUUAAUAAAUAUACGGAGAAAGAUUAAAAAAAUAUAAAUAAAUGGAAAAAUGUCCCAUCUGGACAAACUAAUCAUGAAGACUUAAAAAAAAAAGUGUACAGAUUUUAUUAGUCGUCAAAUCAAGUUUUAUUUGGACUCCAGCAGAUGGCGCUGUUGACCUGAGCUCCUCCCUCCUUAAAGGACCUGCAGGCCGCCAGCCGACCGCCAUAACGCUCCGUUUCUAACCACACCCCCCUACACUCAGUCUGUCCUCUGUCCUCCUCAUCCACUGCUCACGGGACAUUCAGAGUCCACCGACUCUGCGCCUGGCGAGGAGGAGCAUUCACCUCUUCUGGAUCUAUUUCUUUCUUUCUAGUUUUAUCUUUGGGGGGGGGGGGGUGUUUCUCUGAGUCAGAGUGGCAGUCUCACCGCCUCGCUGCAGCUUCAACAUUUCAGACACCUGAGUUAGUGCGGCUCACGCCAACAGAUCAUGAACUGCUGGGUUUGCUUUUAUUUGACAUGAUGAUGAUGAUGAUGAUGAUGAUGAUGAUGAUGAUGAUUGGUAGACGACCUUUAGCCACUAAUCCGAUGGACAGAACUGGUGACCUUUCUCGUUUUGUUUUUCUGUCUAUAUUUUGCCAAGCUCCCCAUCCCCCCGACGCCUGACCCCUGACCCCUGACCUCUGACCUCCCGUCGUGCUGAGCCAACAGUCUUUGAUUUGAUUUUUAGUUGACGUGCAGCCGAGCAGCUCUGAACGCUCGCUGCGCUCUUACUACGCUGUCACACUUUGCUUUUUAACCCUUUCCUCCAUCUUUUAAAAACAACGACGAUACUGCCAAUAUUCUAGAGUAGAAAUCUGAGGAGCUCACUGUUGCCAUAGUCGACCCCGUGGGCCCCCGUUGACCCCCGUUGACCCCGUUGGCCCCUAGGCAGGUGAAUCAGGCUCUGAUGGGACCCUGUGGAGUCCUCAGGAAGUGCUCAGAGCUGCCUCCCCUCCCUCCCUCCAUCCAUCCCUCCCUCCCUGCAGCCUCUGGCCUCCUUCCCAUCAGCACCUCUCACAGCGACAGAUUCACCUCACGAGGACACUCUGGAAACCGUCACCGUGACCUCUAACCGUCGCCAUGACCUCCGGUCGUCACCGUGACCUCCAGUCCGCAGCAGACGGUGGUCUGCGAGCAUGCAACACUUUGUGUAAAAUGCAUUUACACUGUUAAGGGUUUACUGUGUUUUCUCAGCCUGCAGAAUAUUCUCAACAGUUAAAUGAUGUUAAAGUCUGAUGUCAUGUUCCCCCCCCCUCCCCCCGCUACCUGUUCAGAGGAGGUGUGUUAGCGGACAGAGGGACUGUUAAUGUGAGAACAGAUGGGCUCCUCUCCCUCUCCACGUGCACCGCCAGGCUCGGUGAGAGGCCGAGGCACCGUACGGCGUCUGUUACUGACGUGUGCUUUUAUUCCAUCUGAAUUGGGAGAGUGAUCAGAGAGAGCUGAGCGUCUGUCACAACCAGACUCUGGCUGACCUGAUCCACGUGGAGAGGUCACGUGACCUCCAGGGCCAAGGGUCGGUAUCACUAUGGUUUCUAUUCAUUUCGUGUAUGUAUAUAUAAAUCUAUUUGUGUGUUUAUAUUCAGUAUAGAACAUACACACAGGAUCAGCACAGCCAACGUGUGCUGUGGUUGGAACUCAGCCGUCAGCUGUGGUUUGCUGUACACUGGAGAAAAAGAGAUGUACUAUUCAGUUUCCCUACAUGAAUUUAAUCAGUGAUAAACGUUUUAAAGGAAUAAAUAUUUGACACAUAAUGACCUGAUCUCAUGGUCUGAACUCUGUUUUAAACCUCUGUCUUUUUCUGUUGUUGCUUUCUGUGAAUAAACUAGCCUGGGAGGAA